CGGCACAGCGGCGCCGGACGGUGGAAAGCAGACUUCGCACUUUCAAAAGUUUCCCGCUGUAAUCGGAUCUAUAAUAAUGUGAAAGAGCAAAAUGUCACCCGUCGGAGAUAAACGCCAGUGAUUGCGGCCGUCGUCACAGUUUUGUCAAAACAGUUGGAUUAUCACCAGCCAUCAGCCAUCAUGCAGGCUCGCAUGCUGAUGCUAGCAGUUUACAUCACUGCAUGUCUCGGCGCUCGUUUCACCACGACUUCGAUGCCCGCGCCUGCGGCCUCCACGUCCACGCCACCCCCGUCGACCGCAGCUCGCACUACGCUGGUCUUCGACGAUCUGCCCUCAGCUAUGCCGUCAGUCUGCACGGACGCGAACAGCAUACACAGCCCCCUAGCCAGACUCCGCAGUGCCAUGAGGAACAAGGGAUACACACAAAUGAAUGCUUUCUUUGAUGCAUUCAUUAUUUUUUUCAGUGAUGAGCAUUUGAGCGAAGAGCCGUCAAAGGAAGAGCGUCGCCUGGAAUACUUCUCAGGCUGGGAUGGGGCAGGCACAGGCGUGGUGAUGGGGGACGGCGGGGCCGCUCUGUGGGUCACCAGUGGCGAGGUGCAGCGGGCCAGGGCUUCCGUCUCCUGCGCUUGGGACGUUAUAGACUCUGAUAACCUCAGCCAGCCCAUCAUACCUGAGUGGAUUUCGGAUAAAAUAGGUCGCACAGGCCGCGUGGGUGCAGACGCUCGUCUGACCUCUGUCAACGAGUGGCAGCUCCUGUCCAGCCACCUGCAGCAGAUGGGGCUGACGCUGAUCCACACACCCACGCUCCUCGACCAGUUGUGGAAUGAAGAGCUGGACCCGGACAGGCGCCGGCCUGACUUCUCCAAGAUUGUGGCUAAUUUGCAUGUCAUGGAAUAUACUGGUAUGACAUGGCGAGACAAGGUGACGAAAGUUCGCGAAGAAUUGCAAACUAUGGGCGCUGACGCCAUGGUGGUGACAGCCUUGGAUGAAGUGGCGUGGUUGCUAAAUGUGCGUGGAAAGGAUCUGCCCUACUCGCCCCUUCUGAAGGCGUUUGUUGUCAUCAGCACCAAAGAAGUCAGGGUGUACGCCCCGCCUGGGAAACUGUCUAUGCCAGUCAGAGAAGUGCUGGCAGUGUAUAACUGCUUUACGAAUAAUUGCACCAGGGUUCAAGAAUACACCAAUAUUUACGCGGACCUGCGGCGAGCUACAGAGAGCAAAAUCCUCAUUCCCACGGCGGGUACCUUCCACCGUGGUGCUUCGGCGGCCAUAGCGCAGAGCGUGCCGCAAGCCAAGCGGCUGUACCUCAUGUCGCCCAUCAUCUAUCUGAAGGCGCAGAAGAAUGAAGCGGAGAGGAAGGGAAUGAAGAAGGCGCAUUUGAGAGACGCGGUCGCGAUGUGCACUGUGCUUAGUUAUUUGGAGCAAAGACGGGUGAAUAUCGGUACAAACGCCUACACUGAAAUUACAGUAGCCAAGAUGGUGGACAUGACGCGUGAAACGCAAGCGGGUUUUGUCAGCGCCUCCAUGAAGACCCUGGUGGCUUUCGGCCCCAACGGGGCUGAUCCAUACUACGUACCGACUGUGGCGUCAGCAAGGCGGAUAUUUACUAACUCCACUAUGGUUAUACGCUCCGGGGGACAGUACGAUGAGGGUACAACAGUAAUAACGCGCACGGUCCACUACGGGAGGCCUACCAAAGACGACCGCCGCGCUUACACCACGGUGUUGCGGUCGAUAGCCGCGCUGUCGACGCUGCAGUGGCCUUCGGCGCUGCCAGCUGCUCACCUGGACCCGGUGGCUAGGGCUCCGCUGUGGGCCGCCAAUCAGGACUACUCUCAUCCCACUGGACAUGGCGUAGGAGCCGCUCUGAAUAGACUUGAAGACCCCGUGGUAAUCGAUUACCGACAGGACGUCAACUUACACACGCUUAGAGAAGGGUACUACAUCACAACUGAACCAGCGUGGUACGAUACCGGAAGGUUCGGAGUGCGACUAGGCAAUGUGCUGGAGGUGGUGACGAAGCCUCAUGGCUACUUCCGCUUCCGGGAAGCCACACUCGUACCCUUCGAACCUAACCUCAUCGAUAAGGCUAUGCUCACAGAUUAUGAGAUAAACUGGCUGAACGACUACAACAGCCGGAUACGGAGCACCGUGGGUCCAGAGCUGAAGGAGCAAGGUCUAUUCGACGUGUUCUACUGGAUGUCCAACAAGACCGCGCCCUACACGCUGCCCUCCAAACAAAAGAUGGCACUGCGGGGCGCCGGCUAUUCCAACCAAGCCAACUUGCUCUCUCUAGUCACUUUGUUCUUAGCUUUUCUGUUAGCGUGAUCAUUUUGUAAUUGAACUAUUUUGCAUAACUAUAUAGAUAUUGAAAUUGGUAGAAUGGUUCGAAAAUAUUUAAGUGUUAUAUUAAAUGAACAAGCUAAAAAAUGUGUACGCUUUUGCAUGGUUCAAUUUAUAGUGAGUUUUGUAAAAAAUGUUGCAUUUUUGUGAUAUCCAUUUUGGGAAUGUCUGUAUCUGAAUAUAUGUAUGUAGGUAUUAGGUAUUUAAAAUGUAUUGGAAAAAUAACAGUAAAUAUGCACAUCAUAAUUUUGUGAUUAAAGAUAGAUUAGUGCAUUUAACUAUUUAUUUAACAGCAUUGAUAUCCAAAAUGGUGCCUAGAACUAAUUUGACCUUUGCAAUUUAACCAAAAAAAUACGGUGCAUUUGUCAAUUUUCUUUUAGUAAAACUACUUAAUUAAAAUCACAAUAAAUAAAUACUAUUUAUUUGCAUAAAUAUACCUAACCUCUGCAAAUAAAUAUCAAUAUUUUAAUAGUCUGCACUUUGGUCAUUCAUUGUUUGUGAAUGUGCUUAUAAUUAUUGAAAAAUAAUCGUUGGUAAUUUGAUAAUGGUUUAGGUAGCUUAACUUUAGGUUUUAAAUAUAAUUUAUUGUAUUAAAAAAUUUCGAAACAUAUCGAGCACCGAGUGCCUUAUUAAAAUGUAGUCUGUAUAAACAGCUUGUAAUUAAGAUAGUGAUGUUAUUAUAUUGAAUCUAUUUAUCGACAUCGUGUACAUAUCGUCAUUCGUAUAGGAUCUUCCAGUAAGCGUAAUGUAGAAGCGCGCAUUAACACUACUGCCCUGAAAAAUUGUUCAGAAUUGUUUUAUGUGUUUUUGUAAUCGAUUUACAGAGUGACACUUUAACAUUGAAAAGGCAGGCAAAAUACUUUUUAAAUUUCAAAAAUCUACCGAAAAUUAAAACUGACCAGUAUGUAGCGCGAAGAUCAUUAUUAUGAAUAUAUGAGAGGACUCAGUUUGAGAAUCACCUGGGAAAUGUAGAUGCACGAUUCUUUGUGAAACAAUGUUUUGGUCCAUGUGUAGUAAUCGAUGUAGCCUGUGUAGGUAUCUAAAAAUAUAUGGAACAUACUGCAGGUAUAAAGCAAUUAUGACUAAAAUAAAAGCCUUAUUGAAAUUGAAUACUUUAUUCACAUUGGUCCGUAUUAGUAAUAAUCACACAUACACAAGUCCCUGUUCUUAUCACUACACAGUUAUUGCACACACAUUUUUUAAUUGACAUAAUAAAGUAUAGGAAAAGCGAUAUGUCUAUUAGAUAAAAAUAAAUCAACAUCAUUUUAAAAAAAUGCGCAGUAUUAAACAUGUUUUAAAAAACCGUAAUACCGGCUACAAGCUACAGGACAGAUGCCGCAUGCCGACGCGAAUGCAUGAACAUUGCGUAGUUUGUAUGAGUGCUUUUAUUUACUGCAAUGAAAAACCAACAAUGUAUGUCGUAUACGCCAAGUUCGGCGAACUGAUCCGCGACAGUGUGUAGCCGGCAUAAUAUAAUACAAAUAAAUGCUAGGCACUAAAUAUGGCAACUCGAAACCAAUAUUAUUUUAUAUGCGUACGAAUACACAUCAAGUAAAUCCAGCCUAAGAAAUAUAUUAGAGGUACAUUUUGUUAACAUUAUAUUUUAUAUAAAUAGCGUGUGCAGUAUAAGUAAUCACUUUACACAUAAUCACAACAUCAACCCCAGACGUCAAACGUUAAUAUACAUCGAUUUAAUAUUUUUUAAUUUGUUAAUCUAAGCUUCAGUCUUCGGCUGUGCCUCUUACAUAUUAUCACAAAUACAUAUAAAGCCCUCACUACAACCAUCACUGAAAUUUUUUUAGCUAACAGAAAAUUCCGUCUCCACUCAAAAACCCAAAAAUUUUGUGAAUAAGUAAUCAAAUCAUGUAAAUUUUGAUGAGAAUAAUGUGAAGAUUCAUUCGAUGCGAUAUUUUCAAAUUAUUGUUAAGGCAUAAUGUAGAUGUAUUUAUAUAGCCGCUUAUUGUCUGUCUUAAAUAAAUUAAAGCCUGUAAAAUAUACUAAACAGAGUUAAUCUUUCGGAAUAAAUAUAUUUAUGAAUAUUUCUUGUGAUGGAACAUUCUUAUAACAAUGCAUUUAACAAUAAAUUUAUAAUCUAUAGCCUGAA